AUCCGCAGCCAAAGCGCAAUCAGCCCCCACCGGCUGCGGCCCCUGUUGCUCUAAACCAAGGACGAAUGGCCGCAUUGAUGGACACGGCCCAAGAAGGAGAGCUCAUGGCGUAUGCCCCAGAACAACCUCCCCCCUCGAUGGCAACGACGUCGACAUCGGGAGCUUCUUCCUCUGACGCUGCGGACGUGGUCGAUCCACUUGAGUAUCUUCAUCUCGCAGGCAUGAUCGGAGCGAUCCGAUCGGCACCUGAUGAUCUCGAGUGGGUCGAUCGCGAUUCUAAUCUCGGUCCUCAGUUUAGGACGGGCGAAAUCGAUGUGUUACGAGCGCUCAAGCAGCUAGAUAUCCGCGUUCCGAUCCUGGUGGGACACUUGCUCACCAUAUCUGAAGCUGCAAACGACAAACUGUUACAACAAUGUCAGAAAAAUCAAAAGCGCUUCACGUACCAGCGCAUACAGCGAAUGUUGAAAAAGAAGGAAGGAGGCGAGGAAGUUGCACCGCCCGAACCCGAAGCCGGCGAACCUGAAGCCGCACGAAUAGCAACGAUCUCCUUAGCAGAGAAGGAUCACUUCGUACGAGCUCGGUCGGUACUGUGGAAGAGCGUGGAAUGUGAUUGUGAAGUUUGGGGCAAGCCGUUUAACGCCCUUAUCGACACAGGGUCUUCUGCAGUGGCCAUAUCACUAGACACAGUCAGAAAGACGGGACGACUUGGAUCCAUUCUUCCUCAAUCUGGCAAAGACAAUUAUGUCUCUGCCGACGAGGAAGCAAUGAACAUCGUGGGUAUUAUUGACUCUAAUAUUGAGAAUGUGGCUGUAAAGGUUAGACGGGUACACGUCCUUGUUAACGCACUAGUAAUAGAUCCAGAGGCCAUCUCGAUGAUCCUUGCCCAGGUGGGACCAAGUGGACUGGAGAACAUGGUGGAGUAUGCGUCCAAAUCGGUGUCCACCUGCAAGCGUAACUACGCCGCUCCGACGGGAGAAUGCUACGCGGCUCUUUGGGGAAUCAGUCACUUUCGCGGUUACCUGUACGGGCGGAAGUUCACCUUGGUAACCGAUCAUGAGCACCUGUUGGCUCUGAAGAAAUCGAAGGAUUACUCUGGCAUGAUCGGGCGAUGGGCAACGGUGCUACAGAGCAUGGACUUUGACAUUCGUCAUCGAAAGCACGAGAGACACGGGAAUGCGGACGGACUGACAUGACUGCACCGGCCUGAGAAAGUUCCAAAGAGUGAGGAGGUGAUUCCGUGGAACGAACCCGAACAGGAGGUUGGACCUCGGUACGGCCAAGUGGAGAUCUUGUUGACACGAGGAUCAAUUUGUCUGAUUCUACCCUCUCCGCAAUUCGGUCCCAUCUCUCCUCCUCUGUCAUCAUGACUACCCCACCUGUCUCUGCAACCCCUUCCUCUCCUACUAAUUCURCCCCUCUCACUUCCUCAGCUUUCUUUGCCACCCUCCCCGAUAAAUUCUGCUAUUUUUG